AUGCUCAAUCUUCACUCCUUCAUAUUGAUUACAAUUCUCCUGUCGCUCUCACCAACAAGAGCUCAGAAGCCCAUCACGUCGCCACAGAUGCUAGAUCUCCUAAUCAGAAACUACACUUUCAGUGACAACUUGAACAUGACGAAAACAGGGGAAAUGCAGAGUGUCCGCCUCCCGCCUAACCUCUCCGGCGUACGGGCUCGCGCAGCGAGGUUCCGGUGCGGCAGCUUGACCCGGUACGGGGCAAGGAUCGACGAAUUCCACCUAGGAAUCGGCGUCAACUUGUUCCCUUGCGUGGAAAGAGUGAUGUUGAUCACACACAACUUUGAUCUCAAUUGGUCAAUAUCCUUCUACUCUGCAAACUACAACCUCUCUGGCUACCAACUCGUAUCGCCAAUUCUCGGCCUCACUGCCUACAAUGCGGGCAAGAAGACCAGCAACAACCCCAAUUCAAGCUACCCUUUGGAAGUCGGAAUUCGUUCCGAUCAAGGAAGUCCAAUCACUAUCAAUUUCACCGUCGCUGCGAUUCGUGACGAUCAUGUUGAUCCUCUGUGUGCGAGCUUUGGGAGAGAUGGGAAGACUGUGAGCUUGAAACCCCCAAUUUCGCCUUAUCUCUGUGGUUCGACAUCCAACGGUCAUUUUGGGUUGGUGGUGAAGCUUCCACCGGCGCCGCCAGCCCCACCGCCGUACGCAGCAGAGGACGGAGGAGGAGGAGGAGAAGGAGGCAGAGUGGUGAUGUGGAAAGUGGCGGUGGGGAGCAGUGUGGGGAGUGCAUUGGCGAUUGUGCUGUUGGGUUUGCUUCUGGUGGCGAUGUUUGCCAAGGUGAAGAAGAAAGCGAGGAUGGUGGAGAUGGAGAGGAGGGCGUAUGAGGAGGAAGCUCUGCAGGUUUCCAUGGUUGGACAUGUUAGAGCUCCUGUAGCUGUCGGAACUCGAACUGCCCCCAUUAUUGAGCAUCAUUUCGUACAUUAUAAGCCUAAAUGA